CCUCCUUGUCCAACAAACAUCACUCUCCAAUCUGCAUCCAUCUUUGCGAGAUCCAAUCCUACACUGUUAAUCAUCCAUCCUCAUCACCGUUCAGCUGUUAUAUCGUUAUACAGCUGUCACACUGCCUGAAUACCACUAGUCAUCUGUAGCCAGAUCCAACCAAACCAUCACCACCAUGUCGGGCGAACCACUCACCAAGGUCGACUCCGCCGUCCAAGGUCUCGAAGCCACAUCACCUCCAAAGGAGAGCCACAUCCACAAGCACCGACGAGCAAGCUCGAGUGCCAAUGGGGUCAUGAACAUCAACGACCUGGAGGCUCAGGGCACUGACCUCCAGAUUGCCAAGGAGACGCAGAUGUUGGGGUGGAAGGUCAACACCUCGCCUACGUCGAUAGACGACAAGGACUACCUUAAGGUGAUGCUCACAACACCGCCAGUCAAGAAGAUUGACCUCUAUUUCAAGACGGGGUUGCACGUAACGGCACGAAAUCUCAAGGGGGUAACCAUCAGGGACGCCAUGGAUGCCAUCCACAAGUCGUUCAAGAAGAGGCCGGAUGAUGAGCUACCCGAACCAUACCUCAAGGGCUUUGAGUGGGACAAGGAGGAGUCAUGGACAUCGCUCUUGGUACACUUGUCGACGAACGCUGGCCCCAAACCCGCGGGCGGCUCCUCCAAGAAGAAGAAGAAGGCUGCCGCCGCCGAGGAAGAGGCUGCCUAAGCCCUUCACAGUCUGGUCCAGGCCAACAUGGUCUGCACUGGCUAUCCCU